AUGUCUUUUCAUAUCCAACUAACCGAAGGUAUCGUGGGCGGAUUCAAACCACCAACAGUAAGGCGUGUAAUUGAAAUAAACGGUGACCCCAGCGGUGGGUUUGUUCAACAGUCGAUCUUGGACGGUCGCGACGAUUAUCGAGUACAAAGCGGUGAAAUCAGCAGUCAAGAGCUUAAUGCACUCGUAACAGACUUGCGUACCACUCUUAAGGAAUUACCAACCGAAUUCCCAAUAGGCGGUCAAGAUAUUUACGGAUUUGACACGUCGAUACAUAUCCAGACUGAAGAUGGGUUUGAAUGGCGUAACGGUGGACCCGAGGGCUGUACAGAGCACGAAUCCAAAAUAAAACCAACCGAGGCGCAAAAAGCCAUCUUUCAAGAAUUGAUUUCGAAGAUUUCAGGCGUUGGUCAACGCUUCGCUCUUAAAUCGGUGUCUUAG